GCUGACAAGACAGAGACUGUUAGAGGAAGGAAAGAAGGAUACUGCCUGAACAGAAGGAGCAUAUUCUCAUUGGAAGAGCCUCCACCACCACAGCAAGCUAAGGCCACUGGGAAGAUCGCCACCUGCAGACCAGCCGAGUCUUCCAGGGAGAGAGCAGGUGUUCCUGAGGAAAAUACUGAGCUGAGAACUCCAUUUUCUGCUGGUCUACCGCACCUCACAAGGAAAGAUUUAGACGGCUAUGAAAUUUAUCUUCUGUUUGAGUGUCCUUGCUGGGACAGUUUUCCCCGCUCAAUCAUCUGUGCAGAAAGAAGACCAUGCCCCCUAUUUGGUAUACCUCAAGUCUCACUUCAACCCCUGUGUGGGUGUCCUCAUCAAAAGCAGCUGGGUGCUGGCGCCUGCUCACUGCUACCUACCAAACCUGAAAGUGAUGCUGGGAAAUCUCAGGAUCAGAAUCAGAGAUGGGACAGAGCAGAUAAUUGACCCUAUCCAGAUUGUCCGCUACUGGAACUACAGUCAUAGUUCCCCCCAGGAUGACCUCAUGCUCAUUAGGCUGGCUAAGCCCGCCAUCCUCAACCAUAAAGUCCAGCCCAUUCCCCUCGCCACCAGCACCGUCAAGCCAGGCACCAUCUGUAUGCUUUCAGGCUUGGACUGGAGCCAAGACAACAGCGGCAGACACCCUGAUUUAAGGCAGAACCUGGAGGCCCCCAUGAUGUCUGAUGCAGACUGCCAGAAAACCGAACAAGGAAAAAGCCACAGAAACUCCAUAUGCGUUAAAUUUGUGAAAGUGCUCAGUCGAAUUUUUGGGGAGGUGGCCGUUGCUACUGUCAUCUGCAAAGGCAAGCUACAGGGGAUCGAGGUCGGACACUUCAGGGAAGGGGAUGUGGGCAUCUACACCAAUGUUCAGAAAUAUAUCACCUGGAUUGAGAACGUCACUAAAGACAAAUAAGACCAUACUACUCCCUCUGCAUCCCAGUGGCUCUGCCAUUGACAAUACUAACCGCAACUUUCCCCAAAUUCAAAAUAAAACAUCCAAAUAGAAAUAUUUGGAUGUAUCACACCAGUAUCCUAUGUUUUCUUAUUUGUGUCUCUGUCCACAUCCCAUAAUGAUCUGAAGAACCAAGAACAAAACAUGAAAUAAGCACUUUCUACACUGUACUGGGUUAUAUCCAUUAUCUCAUUUAAUGCUUAUAACAAGCCUUUGAGGUUAUCAUUUAUUCCUACUUUACAAAUAAGAAAAUUGAGACUAAUAUAGAUUACUUAACAUUAUUAUAGCUGGUAAAUAUCAGAACCUGAAAUGGAACCCAAAAUGUCAGAUUUUCAGCCCUGUGCUCUUAGCCUCGAAAUUAUAGGCAAGUCCAUAGCAUCACAACAGACGCUGGCUUCUGUUUUCCUGCUACCUCUCUUAACAUUCAAAGGGCUUGAAGCUCUCAAUUGUGUCUCAGAUCUUGGGUACUGAAAUAAACUCUCCCAAAAAUGCAGCAGGCUGAAGGGAGAGAGCUAGUGGAUGGGUAGGAGGUUGAAAAGAAAUGUCAGGACAGUGACAACAAUCACAAGUCAAGUCCAAAGGGAGGCCUGGCAGCUCCAGAGCAAGAUGAAGAAGUCAUUUAGAUCCAAGGAGAACACAGUAUCAGGGCAGCAACAGAGCUUAAGAGGUAGAGGUAGCUGAGAGGAGGUGAAAGAAGGGCAGAAAUUGGGUUUGGCCUCAGACCAUGGGAUUAACAAGGUCAAGAAAGCAGGUACCAGUCCUCUGGUUGAGAACUUGGUAAAACAUCUCUCCAGGUAUCCCAGAUCUGGAAGUGAUAGAGGAAUUCAGGAUACCCAAGAGAUUUGGUCAUAUAGGACAAGGAAGGUUAAAGUAAUGUCCCAGCAGAUGAAGAUUCAGGAAACAACCCCACACUAUCCUUGAGUAAUACUUUCUAUUCCCAAGGUUUAAAAUACAAUCUAUACUUUAAUGACGUCUGUGUCAGGCAGAAUAAUGCCCCCCAAAAAUGUCCACACCCUAAUCUUCAGAACCCAUGAAUAUGUUACUUUACAUGGAAAAUGCAGCUUUGCAGAUGUGAUUAUGCUUAUGGACGUUGAGAUUAUCCUGGAUUAUCU